AUGAUCAGUCACGGCUCCAUAACAGUGGGGAAUAUCACGGAUCACCGGUCUGAAGGGAGCUCCGGGGAUGUCAUCUUUAUUGCACCACAUUCAUCAUCCAAUCAUUCCUAUAGUGCACCGCCAAUUCCGGGGAAGGGCGACUGGGACACUCCAAAACAUACUACAGGACCGGCACCGGACGUCACUGUAGACUUUAGUCACGAUAUAAUAGGACUCAAGCGCUGCACCACAAAUAAGACGACUUCCAGCGAUAAUGUAAGCCUCAGAUCCUAUCGUGCAGCAUCUAUAAUAGACCUCUACUGCGAUGGUCUUACGAUGAUGGAGGAGAAACUCCACAAGAUAGACGGCACCGACGACAUGAAGAGAACCCGUUCCUCCACACUAUCGAAGCUUGACGCUCCACGUUCCCGUGACGGUCUGAAUAACCUGGAUGUAGUGCAGAAAGGGAGAGAUCCAUUCUCUACGGGCAGAGAAUUCCCGCAAUCAGAGCCUGACAGGAACCUUUUCCGGCCUAUGAAAUUUCGUCGAAUGACAUUGCUAGAUCCGUAUGCUAACUCCCUUUUGCACACCUUUGAGGAACAGCAAGAGGAGAAAUGCAAUAAAAAGCUAAGGAUGUGGGGUGAGGAUCCGCCGCCAUAUGUAUAUGUAGUCAUGGGACCGCGCUGGGAGCAGUGGGCCACGUGGACCCGCCCAGCCAAUGUAGUGGAUUUACUUGAGUCCAGUUACGAAGGCCUUCUAGUCAGGGCUGGCGGUACAGAAGUUCUUCAGCGCGAUCUCACACUCGCACGCCGGAAGUAUCGGUGGAAAGCUAGAAUAUCCUGGUUCUAUUAA